AUGCCAUACAAACGGAGACAAAAGUCUCCUUCUCCUCGCGACUCCGCCUCACCCGUCAGAGGCCGUCGGUCCAAAUCAAGAUCGCUGUCAAGAUCUAGGGAUUCAGCUUCACCCGUUAGAGGCCGUCGGUCUAGGUCAAGGUCAAGGUCGUUGUCAAGAUCAAGGAGAAGCCGCUCGAGGAGCCAAGAGUAUGAAGGUGAUGGCAAUCCAGGGAAUAACUUGUAUGUGACGGGUUUAUCAACCAGGGUUACUACAAGUGAUCUCGAAAAAUAUUUUAGUAAAGAAGGCAAGGUUUUGGAGUGCCAGUUGGUUACUGACCCUCGCACCAAAGACUCUCGUGGAUUUGGUUUUGUCACCAUGGAAACCAACAAGGAUGCAGAGCGCUGUAUAAAGUAUCUAAACCAGUCUGUUUUUGAAGGCCGACUGAUCACUGUGGAGAAGGCAAAAAGGAAGCGUGGGAGGACACCAACUCCUGGAAGGUAUCUUGGAUUGAAAGAAAAACGAGGCCGUGGUGGUAGAAGAUCCCGCAGCUAUUCUCCACGCCGACGGCGCGACGAUGAUUACUAUCCAAGGGACCGGCGAGGAAGAUCCCGCUCUCCUUAUGGUAGGAGAGAGAGGGACAAGGAACAUCCGGACUCGUCCAAGAGACGCAGGGAGCGCUCCUUAUCAAGAGACAGUGGCGGAUAUUCUAGAUAAGUGUGGUAUUGUCUGAUUGAAGUCCCUUCUACCCGGGACGCGGAAAAAUAGGUUGACAUGUGAAGUAUGGAAUCUCUAAACCUUUUGCAUAUCAGUUGCUGUUUCUCAGUAGUCUUUGUAUCUUGAUGCAGUCUGCGACUCUUCUUAGUCAGGAUGUUCAUGGUAGAAUUCAAUUCACUCGUUUCUCAUCGAUCAA